CUCUGGUUCAUUUCUGCAGUUGGUCCGGUGGUGACAGUAGCUCAGACUAGCCAGGAGGUAGUUGUAGGAGAGUCUGUGGCUCUGAACUGUUCUGCUGAGGGCAGGCACCUCCCACUGGUCUCCUGGACAACUCCAGCUCCAGCCAGCAGUGGCCACAUCGACAUCUCUUAUAGUCCCGUGAAUGAGACCUUUGCCACCUCUAAUCUCACUAUCUCUGCCACCCUGCCAACUGACAAUGGGACCUACUACUGUACUGGACACAACAGCCUUGGGAAUGAUACUCAGUCCAUCUUCCUUCAAGUAUUAGAACCGGCUGAGAUCAUCGCCCAUUCUGCAAACACGUCA